AUGGUCCGCGCGACCGGUAGCACGCCAAAGCAGGGGCAGCGCAAGGCUAGCGGCUCGAAUGGGUCGCCGUCGUCAGGCACCGACAGUCCUUUAUCGUCAUCACCGAGCAAAGUUGUAGGACGCAAAGCAUCCGCAAAGGCCAAAGGCAAGGCGAAAGCGGGCACAUCACCUUUGCAUAGCCCUGCCGCAUCGAAUGGGACCAACCAAGGGGCUGUAAACUCGGCAGAUGAAGCGCUCGUCUCGCUCAGAGCAUUUUCAGACAGCCUGGCAGAUGCCAUCCAUCUCUUUGCAGAGCCCACUGCAGCUCUAGAAAGCUUGUCAAAUAGCGAACCUAGCUCCAGCGCUCGCACUCUGCAAGAGCCUACGCGGUCAGGCCUCAAAGCUCUCUUUGACUAUGCUCUUGCCAGCGAGCCAGAAGCACUCGAUCGAAUAGACGAGCUUUUACAUGCACUCAGCAAUGGUGGCGGAGAUCGACAUCAGACUCGCUCAAUGACGCGCAAACAGCAAGCCGCUCGCCUAUCAUCAAAGGCAAAGGAGCGACAUCCCCUGCUAGCGCCUACGCCGCUUUCCGAACUCUACCUACCCUCAUCCGCUGUGUCUGGCGGACUUGCAAACAGUGCGUCGUCCGUGUGGACACAGAUUGACAUGCGAGCUAGUCGGUUACGCGAUCUCGCAAAAUAUACCUUGAGCGGUGGUCAAGAAGAGGCACUCGAGAACGCGCCUUCGGACGAUGAGACCGACGGAAACGGCUCAGACGCGAUGAACGGAGAUGACAGCGACGAAGAAGACGAUUCAGAUGAAGAAGCGACAGCCGUGCCAAACGACUCGCUCAUGCUCAUGCGCAAUGCCAAGGCAGAGCAAGCGAGCGGUAUGUCACCAGACGAACUAGAAGCACUGCGCGAAGAGCUCGGCUUCGAUCCCUUCGCCGCAGACGAUGCUGCGUCGAGCGAAACUGACGACAGCGAGCAGCAGCAGCAGGAUGAGUCAGAAGUCGACUUUGAGCUCGAUGAGCCAGAGUACUACGUUCCACUCAUACGAAAAGUCAAGCCGCAAGCAAAAGCUAACGCUUUCAAUCCCUUUGCACAGCACGACGACGAUGCUUCAGACAGCGAUGCAGAAGGAGAAGGGGAGCAGGAGCCUGUGCCUGCCAAAGCCAGUAUGAGCAGCCAGAAGGCAAAGACUAAAGCCAAUGAAAAUACAGCAGAAAACGAAGACGAACAAGCUGGCCUUUCGCUUGACAAUUUCGAUGCAGCGCCGAUUCAGAACGGCAAAUCGGCUGUCAAAGCGACGACUCGGGCACCUGUAGACGAUGACUUCUUCAGCUUAGACGACUUUCAUCGUCAAACAGAUCAAGGCGAGGCGGAUCUCAGGCGACUACUGCAGAAGCAGAACGCAAUUGCAGAAGGGCGCGAUCCUGAAGACGUUGGGGACGAGGAAGUCGUUGACUUAUUCGCACCUGUCGACGAAGCGCCAGAGGAUGACGAGUCAGACGAGUCAGCAGCAGAAGCGAUGGACCUCGAAGAUGUAGCAGAUAUCAAGUAUAGCGACUUUUUUGAUGCGCCGGUGACAGUCUCGAAGAAACGGAAGCAAUCGUCACUUAGUAAGACAGAGAAGCCGUCGCCUCGCAAGACUGCCAGGGUGGCCUCGGCCAACGGCGCUGCAAAACGCAAAGUGAGCUUCAACAACCAAGUGCGAGUGAAGGAUAUCCCCGCUCGGCCUGGUGCUGCCGGUCAUUCGCUCUCAAAUGUGUUUGCUUCGAACAGUCGCGUCCGUCGUGCUCUGGCGCAGAUCGGUCUUGAUCCUUCCAUCGCCGAUGAAGUAGAGGACGAAGAAGAUAGCAGUGACGCAGACGAUGAUGAAGAUUCUGACACUAUUCCUGCUUUUCCCGUUACGGAAGAUUCCGAUGACGAUGACGAAGCAGCCUUUGACGGACAAGGUUCUGACGACGAGGACGUAGAUGACGACGUUGACUUGGAAGAAGACAGCGACGCAGGAGAAUCCGAAGGCGGCUCAUCCGGCGAAGAGCAGGACGUCUUGCACGACGAGGGCACGGAUCUGCCGAGCGACGCAGACAUGCACGACGAUCUUGCGGACGGACUACAGGACGAGCAGGAUGAUGGUACGGAAGUCAUGUCUCGCGUCAGGCACAAUCUGUUGGACGACGAGGAGGACAAAUCAGCAUCAGGUCUAUCGACGCACCAGAAGCGUCUUGCGGCACUCAACGCUCAGAUCAGGAAGCUAGAAGCAGAGAACAUUGCAGAGAAGGAUUGGGCGCUCAAGGGGGAAGUGCGCAGUCGAGAUCGACCGCAGAAUAGCUUGCUCGAAGAAGAUCUCGAAUUCGAGCACUCGAGCAAGGUCGUGCCCGUGGUGACCGAAGAAGUUACGCUCACUCUCGAGGCCAAGAUCAAGCAAAGAAUUCUCGACGCGAAUUAUGAUGAUGUCGUGAAGCGCUUACCAUUCGAUCCCAAGGCAUUCAUCCCAUCUUCGCAGCUCCAGCUCGAUAUGGAGCAAUCUUCGCGCGGCUUGGCAGAUGUCUAUGCAGAUGAGUUCGCUGAGGAGCGAGAACUUGCGGCUGGUGGCAAGAUUGUCAAUGCUAGAGACGCCAAGCUGGUCAAGCAGCACGAGGAGCUCUCUGCUCUGUUCGAGGACGUCUGCGGCAGGCUCGAUGCGCUCAGCAACGCGCAUUACACGCCAAAACCUCCGCAAGCAACAAUCACCACCGUUGCAAAUCUACCCUCGGUCACACUGGAAAGUGCACUGCCAACCGCUCAAUCUACUGCAAGUCUCAUGGCGCCAGAGGAAGUCUAUAAGCCAAAGCUUGCAAUCAGCGCGACGAGCGAAGAAAAGUCGAGUCAGGAAAAGAAGGCAGAUCGCCAGAGGCGACGCAAAGAGAGAGCAGUACUCGCGGCGACCGUUGAUAAGUACGGUAGUGGCUCAAGGGCGCAGAAGCAAAAGGCAGUCGAUCAGCUGUCAAAGCAGCGCGGCGUACAGCUACUCGCAAGUGCCGGCAAGCCAAGCGAUACUCGCAAAGCUCAACGCACCAAGCCAAUUCUUCCUGAUAAUGCUGGUUUGCAGCUCAAGCUAUGA